AAACUUGGCUGUCGUCUUCCUCCGCGGCUACAGCCAUGGCGACCCCACCCUGGCAAUAAUGCAGCUCUCCCAGAUGUAGGACGUGGUCUGCUUCCAUUUUAUGCCUCGUCCUAUAAACACACACGCACGCAAGCAGAGCUCACCUCACCAGCACCAGCAGCUGCCUAGUAGUAGUAAAGCCUUGGUUUACCGAACUAGCUAGCACCACACCACGAACACGAAGAGCCAGACCAGUCUUAAUCAAAAGCCAUCUUUGAUCUCUAAAAAAUGGCGGCUCCGCCACCCUCCACCUUCAUCGACGACGACGACGAAGAUACGGAAGCCGUCGACCUGUCACUGACACUCGCCCACACGCCGUGGCCGGCGUCGCCGUCGUCCCCCUCCGCUGCUUCAUCAGGCGGCGGCAAUGCUGGUCGUGGUGGUGUGAGGCUGUUCCCUUGCCUGUUCUGCAACAAGAAGUUCCUCAAGUCGCAGGCGCUGGGAGGGCACCAGAACGCGCACAAGAAGGAGAUGAACAUCGGCUGGAACGCGCACCUCUACACCAACCCCAUCUCAGCUGCCGACGCUAUGCCCAACCACCAGGCGAUGUACCCCAUCCAGGUCUCCCACUCCUGCCAGCACCAGGGGUACACCCACGUCGCCGACGGCGGCUCACCGGGGGGCAGCUGGUGGCGCGACCAGGACGGCGUCAAGAAGCAGCAGCAGACGAGGAAGGUCGACCUUAACCUCAAGCUCUAGCUACCUAGCUCUGCUCUUUUCCUUCGUUGUUAUUAUUAUUAUUUUCUUUCUCUUUCUCCUCUCCCCCUUUCAGUAGUGGUGGGUACUUGGUUAAUGAGUGUACCUUGUGCUGAUUGUACCGAUCGAGCGUGCAAUUGAUGGUAAUAAACAUCUAGUUGUUCGA